UUUAUUAUGCAGGCAGCGCUCGUGCGUAAGAACAGCGGGCGCGUGCGUGAAGAGGAAGAGCCGUGAGUCUCUCCAAAAUGGCGACGACCAUAGAGAGUGGCAAUGCAGGAGCUGCAAAUAAGAAAAAACACCUCGGAAUCCCCGAAGCAAUAUUUGUGGAAGAUGUGGAUGCAUUCAUGAAGCAGCCGGGCAAUGACACAGCAGACGCCGUGCUCAGGAAGCUGGAUGAACAGUAUCAAAAAUAUAAAUAUAUGGAGCUCAAUCUGGGCCAGAAGAAACUCAGGUUGAAAAGCCAGAUCCCACAAAUCAAACAGACGUUAGAAAUCCUACGGCACAUGCAGAAAAAGAAGGACACUACAGAUCCCAUGGAGACACAUUUUCUGUUGGCUGAUAACGUCUAUUGCAAAGCCUCUGUCCCACCCACAGAUAAAGUGUGUUUGUGGCUUGGGGCUAAUGUCAUGUUGGAAUAUGAUAUUGAUGAGGCCCAGGCGCUGUUGGAGAAGAACUUGGCUACAGCUUCCCGGAAUCUGGACUCUCUGGAAGAGGACCUGGACUUCCUUAGAGACCAGUUCACAACCACUGAAGUCAAUAUGGCACGUGUUUACAAUUGGGAUGUCAAGAGAAGGAGCAAAGACAACCUCCUCAAAUCUGCUGAGCGGUCCUAGAAGAGGAGGCCUAGUUUGGUCCCACCCCACCCAAAAUACUUCCCCAUCAGAACAUUCACCCCUGUAUAUCUGUUUGCACCAACACCAACUGUUAUCUAUUGAUUUAUUACUUUUUAAAGUAUUUUUUCAAGUAAAAAGGUGAAAAACAUCAAACAAAAGUAAUAAUGGUAGUUUUCUUUUCUUUUUUUAAUGAUGAAUUAUUAGUUGUUUAAGUGGGGGCCUCUCUUCACAGGGUCUACACAUUUGUCUUCCUCUGUGCUCUUUUUCCUCUCAUUUGUUGUUUGGUAAAAUUCUGAAAUGUCUGUUCUGUUAAAGCAAAACUGUUUAAACUCGUAUGGCCCUCAAAUUUCUUUCUGUGGAAUUUUUCUUGCCAAAUGUUGGUGAGAUCUUUGUUGAAAUGCAGCAUGCAGAAUAUCAGGGGACAUUCUGUUUCACUUAUCAGCCUCCUUCCUUCUCCACUUCCCUUUUAUUCACUCCUCCUCCUCUGAUGUCUGUUUUUUCAUCUCUUGUCCUUCAUCUGUACUCAUUUGUCA